AUGGACACGUCAGAGUAUAAUUUCAAAAUACAACAACUUUUAUCGGACGUAAGUACAUACAAAAAGAUCAAAAUAGACACUACAACUAAUACACUUAAAACAACUACUGAUUUAAUAAAGAAAUACUCCGAAAAAUUGGAUCUCGACGUGAAUUCGACAAUACCAUCAUGUGCCAAACCACCGAGGUUGUAUGGGUUACCGAAAAUACACAAACUAAACGCUUCACUACAUCCUAUAGUAAGCCAGAUCGAUUCACCAACUUAUAAUUUGGCUCAACACUUGGCUAAAAUACUGUCACCACUAAGAGGACAUACCAGAGCACACACAAACGAUUCAUACCAUUUUGUUAGUGAGAUUAAAGACCUACAUCUCGCUGACAAUGAAACUAUGGUCAGUUUUGAUGUUCAGUCACUAUUCACAUGCCUACCUAGUGAAGACUGCAUCUCAAUUGUUACUAGAAAGCUAGAAGAUAACAACAUGCCUACAGAAUAUGCAGUAUUACUCAAACACUGCCUCACAUCUGGCUAUUUAUUGUGGAAAGUAGAGUUCUACAUGCAAGUAGACGGAGUGGCAAUGGGCUCACCUGUAUCUCCUGUAGUCGUCGAUAUAUUCAUGGAGGACUUUGAGGAGAAAGCCCUUCUUACUGCUCCUGUAAAUCCAAGAUUCUACAAGCGGUAA